AUGCAACAAAUCGCUUCGCCAAAACAGCAAAGAAAACAAGUCAAGCAACGUCGAAAGCAUUUCAAUAACAACACCGAAAGAACGGCACCUAACCCGAACGAUGUGUUGAUUCCAUUAACGGCGUCUCUAUUCAAAACGGCACCAACGACAACAAGAACUACGAACGAAUGGAAUCACGCAACCGCAAAUCCCCUAAAUCGACGAAACGAUAAAAAUUCGUUGUGUAUUUUUCAUUUCAAAGAUCACGAAGAAAUUUUAAAUGCUCGUGAAAUUGUCCGAGCUCAACACCAAAACGCUUUUCACACUUUCCGGAAGGCCUUUCACAGCACCAUAAACGAAGAACCGGACGCGAUGAUGCCA